CUGUAUUUCUUCUCUUUGGCUUUGGUGUCUCCCCAGGUUGUCCUGGAAUCCCAGCAACGGUUUGAGGAAAGGCGGAGUGACCUGGCGUCUCGUGCGGCCAACGGGGAGGUGGUGUCCCUUCGAGGGGGACCUGCCCCCCUGAGAAAGGCUGAGGGCUGGCUCCCGCUGUCAGGAAGUCCGGGGCAGAGUGAAGACUCGGACCCCCUCCUCCAGCAGAUCCACAACAUCACAUCAUUUAUUAGGCAGGCCAAGGCUGCCGGGCGGACAGACGAAGUGCGCACACUGCAGGAAAACCUGCGGCAGUUGCAGGAUGAGUAUGACCAGCAGCAGACGGAGAAGGCCAUUGAGCUGUCCCGGAGGCAGGCCGAGGAGGAGGACCUGCAGCGAGAACAGCUGCAGAGGCUUUGUGAACGGGAGUGGGAACGAGAGAGGGAGCAAUUCCGGGCCGCGUCCCUACAUACACGGACUCGGUCCCUGGACUUCCGAGAAAUCAGGCCUUUUCACCUGGAGCCUGGCAGGGAGCCUCGUACCCACCUUGCUUGUGCUUUGGAUCUAGGCUCUUCCUCAGUUCAGAGCAGUGCAGCUGCGGAGCCCCCUGCGCCCAGCUCAGCUCUCGAGCCAGCCAGAGUGUGGUCUGGACCCCCAGCCCUCGGCCAGGAAUUCUUCCCCCAGAGCAUGAUUUCACAGCAAAAUGAGCUGGCCUCCCUAAACCCCUUCUAUGAGGAAGACCCCUCCAGCCCCACAGCAGGGGGCACUACCAGCCCUCCUGCCGCAGAGCAUUCCUUUGGCCCUUCAGUCUCCAUCCUCAAAGAAUACAAUCCUUUUGAGGAAGAAGAAGAGGAGGCCGUCGCAGGGAAUCCCUUUACUAACACAGAUAGUCCAGCGCCCAACCCCUUUGAUGAGGAAGAUGAGCAUCCCCACCAGAGGCCCUCAAGCCCUCCUGUUCCUGGUAACCCCUUUGAGGAAGCCACCUGUACCAACCCCUUUGAGAUGGACAGUGACAGUGGGCCAGAGGGCGAGGAGCCCAUAGAGGAGGAGCUCCUCCUCCAGCAGAUUGAUAACAUCAAGGCGUACAUUUUUGAUGCCAAGCAGUGUGGCCGCCUGGAUGAGGUGGAAGUGCUGACAGAGAACCUGAGGGAGCUGAAGCGCACCCUGGCCAAACAGAAGGGGGGCACCGACUGACCCCACUGACUGUGGACGGGGCAUCUUUGGGCCCAGGGCCUGGCAGGAGCCUGUGGAGCAGGACAGGGCUGGUGGGCCCGAUGGGGAAGGAGGAAGGGUGACAACUAAGAUGCACACAGGUUAGGGCAGGGAAUCUGCUGUUUCAUGCUGUGCACUUGGAGGUUUUUCCACUACAGUUGAAUAAUAAAGUGGAAACCAGAACAGGAAGAAUCAGCAUUCAUUUGCUGUAUUUCCUGGGGUUUUUAAAAAAUAUUUUUUGUUUUUGUUUUUUUGAAUCGGGUUUUCCCUUUAGAAGGGAUUUUAAAUUUUCAUUACUGAGUAGAACUAAAGGCAGUUCUCUUGGGCAGCCCUCGUGGGUCCACUUGCUCCUGCCUAGUCUUUGGUCUUGAUGCAGUAUUAUAGGGCACUUUCUUUGGCCAAGACAGACUCGAUGGAUUCCUUUAAACCUUACUCUGGUCUGACAGAAGUCUGUCCCCCUAGGCUGUGGGUUCUUUCACCUGGGGCUUCCUCUACCCUGCUGGGUACAUCCCACCUGUGCGGCAGAAGGGGGAGCUACUGCUAUGAAGCCAGUAGUUUAGACCCAGGAGAGCCCAGCACCUCUUUUUAAGAGGGGGUGAUGGGGGGGUGAUGUUUUACCAGGGCAUUUCCCUGUCAGUUUAAGUCCUUGUUUGUCUCUUUCAGGAGGCUAAACUUCAGUGCAGGGGGAUCACUGGGUCUGACCAUGGUCUAUUUAGAAAAUAGGAGUGGUGAACUUUUCGGAUGACGGAGGCAGUAGUAUUUGGGAGCAGAGUUGUCUACCCAAAUGUUGCUCUGAAUGACUGAUGGAACAAUUGCUGUCCCCAGCAAAACCUCCCUCUAGAACUUUGGUGAAAUUACUCUGACUUGGGCUUUUUCAGAGGGCCCAGUCUAUAAUUUAGGAUUGGUAAUCAGGAAGCUUUUGUGGAACAUUGCCAGGAGAAUGGAAGCUUCCCUGAGUCAGAAGAUAAAUUAAAAUGAUUUUCAGGGCUAGUUGAUCAGCCUUCUUCCCUUUUGGUUCAUCCUGUCCUGACCGGGGGCACCGGUGGGGUAUUUUCCUACCAAUGUUUAGUAUUAAGAAACGGAAGUGUUUGAAGAGGCACAAUCCAGGAUCAUUCCAGUAGCACCGCAGUACUUGAACUCUUCAUCAAUUAAGGGCAAAAAGGGAAAUUGUUAAUUUAGCUCUGGUGCUUUGGUUUACAUAAUCCUUAACUGAUGUCUGACAUCAUGAUACUCAAGUGUGCUCAGCUCUAGGUAGAGUUCCUGCAAUUAGGCGUUUCUGAUUAAAGAACAAUAACUGACCACUAGUCACUUUAUACCCCUUAACUAACUAUGGGUCAUCCUUUCACUGAUUACUGGUGUGAGAGCUGAGAUUCAUUUUGUUACCUUCUGGGAAGACCCCUGUUGGUCUUGAGAAUGUUUGAAGAACUGUGGUGUAAAGGUAGUCUGUAUUUUUGUUGACACUAUUCACAUUUCUUUGGCAUCUGUUGGAUCUUUGGGCUGAAUGAAAAGAUUUUGCAUAGGGGUGUGGGAAUGGGAUAUGGGUGGAGGGUGUGUGGAGGAUGCUUUGCGUUGGGGUUCUGUUCACAAAGGAAUAUGAGUGGAUUACUAAUGUCAACCAAGUUCCCAGCCUUGUUGAUUAUUGUGGUUGGGAAGUUGACAACCAGGUAUCUAAAGUAUUGCCUGGUAAGGCAUCUUUCUUCCUUCUCAUGCCCUUCCUGCUGUCGUUGUGGAGGGUUUCGUGGCUGGCUGGUAUGCUUCCUACUGCUAGUCUGUCAUUGCUCUCUGAUCGAAGAGGAUGACACUCUGCACCAAAAAGCAGGUAGUUCCGGAAGCUAAAUGCUGCUUUCCAUCAUAAAUACUUUUCUCAUGAGAAUAUAUCUCUUCAUUAGCUAGUGAUUUCAAUUCAGACUAAUUUACUGAACAUACCUUUUCCUGAAGUCAACCCAGGUAGCAAUCUGUAAGUAACUAAGAGCAUUAAGAACCACACAUAUAAGAAACAUUAUUUUUAAACUUAAAACAAAAAACACUGAAUAUACUAAACCAAACUAAAACCUUCUGAUGUGAUUGAAUUCUUCCAUGGGUGUAUUCUUCCAUGAAUUCUUCCAUUUAAUUCUUCCAUAGCUAUAUUCUCCUAUAGUCAUAGGCCUGACCGGAAUUAGAAUUCUCUAUCCCUAACAUUUCCCAGAAUUCACACAGCACAAAGUUGGAUUUACAGAGAUGGGUUAUCGUCAGGGUAGAUAAAGAUGGCCUAUGAAUUGCAGCCACAGCUUCAAGUGCUUACCUGAUGUGAAUAUUUCACUCUUCCUGCAGUCCUUCAAGGCAAACAGCUCCAUCUCACGAGAAAAUGAGCAAGUUCUUGAUGCAGCAUUGGCAAAUAUCCCUAGGCCUAGAUCAUGUAUGGAAGAGACUUUGGGAAUUCAGGCAUCAAAUGAAGUUGGCUUUUCUUUUUUACGCCUUGUUUGUAUUUUUCCAUGUCUAAUACACUAAGGACACUUACUCAUUGUACUUGCAGCUCAAUGUGUCUUUGCUGUUUGGAUACUAAAGUGUACUUCUGAGUCAUCAUGUACCAGGUGGUAGGUUGGACAUAAAUUGGCAUAAUUAGGCCUUGGUACUCAAAGAGAGAAGCUGGUCUCUUUACCAGGUCACAGACUAUCGAAGCAGAUUGUACUGGUCAUCUGACAACGACAGCUUGAGGGUCAUUGUUUGCAUGCACUACUCUGGGGCCUUGUAUUGGAACCUUUUUUAAAAAAUAAACUAACAUGUUAGUGGUUGGGUGUA